AACGCCUAUCUGAAGUGACGUUAUCUUCAAUCCUUCUCUCAAUCCUACCGAAAGACACCUUAUUCACCUCGGCUAUCCCAUGCCUUCUCGAAGGCAUCCGCGCAUGCACCAAUGGGAGCAAGCCUUUGUCCCAGACCCCCGAUAUCAUCAGUACGACUAUCAAGAACCCUCAAUGAUGCACCAACCUCCUCCACCUCACCAGGCUCACCACCAUCCCUACCAGAAGCCCCAACACCGCCACGACCUACCUGACGAGACCUACUUCAGCGGCGAAUCUCUUAGCGAUGACGACUACGCACGACGUGACCGCAAGAUCCCCCAUCGCCACCAAACACACAGCAAUCACCUUCUCAGUCCAGCCCCGUCAUAUCCGCGCCACCCACCCAACAUAAGCACUUACCCCACCCGGCACCGCCAGAGUUCCCUCAGAGACGACAGCGGUAGCUUUAUCUUUCCUGAAAAGCCAAUCCAUGUGGAUAUCUCGGUGUUAGACAAUGGGUAUGUGGUCAACCACAUUCGGACGAGCAUGGGCCAGAUGAGCAUACGAGAGAUGAGGCGCGGGAUUUUCAAGAAUCCAGCAUUUGGUGUUCAACCUGGGGCGAGGCUGAUGAUAGAUGUGCAUGGCGAAGAGCUAGACUCGACACAGUUUGAUCCGAAGGAUAGCGUUAAGUCGGUGCUUGGUCCGAAUCGAACGCUAAGGGGGGUGAUAUACCAGGGGCAUGGAUAUGGUCGUUCUGGGCAUAGGCAGGGCGGGAUGCGGUCGUUGCAGUAUUGAAGGUGGAAGGGGGGGUGGAUGGUUCGCGGUUUUAGUAGCGUGGAUCGCGUCUUUUCAGUCUUGCUAGCGUUUGGGAUCUGUGUCGUUGUAGGUAGCGCUUUCGGAGUUUCUAUCCGUGUUUGAAAUGUCUUACGCUUUGCAUAUGAAAGAUUCACCAGGGGGUCGAUGAGUGAUGUACCCCAGAUCACGUGAUACACAUUGCACGAUAGGCGAUUUCGACAAGUGUAUAAUAAAUGCCGAGUCUUCCCCAGACUCAAGAAGAGUGUGGUAGAUCGAAUCAAAAUUCGUCCC